UCGACAAGUGUAUUAGAGCCCCGGCUCCGGCUGGGGGCGAGCAGACCUGGAGCAGCCGACGGAGCUGCCGGGUCUCCUUUUGGUGCCGUUGCCUUCGCCGCUUAGCUCGCAGGGCCGCGGGUUAGGGGCGAGGGCCGUGCUGGGAGAGGACGGCCCUCCGCACUCUAGCAGCUGCGAUGUCGCCCUCGGCGGCGAUUUACUUGCUGUCCACACUGGGGGGCUAUGUGGUGACCUCCUUCCUGCUGCUCAAGUACCCGACCCUGCUACACCAGAAGAAGAAGCAACGAUUCCUCAGUAAACACAUCUCUCACCGCGGAGGUGCUGGAGAGAACUUGGAAAACACAAUGGCAGCCUUUCGGCAUGCAGUUAAUAUGGGAACUGAUAUGCUGGAACUGGACUGCCAUAUGACAAAAGAUGAACAAGUGGUCGUAUCCCAUGAUGGGAAUCUGAAGAGAUCAACUGGAAUAAAUGUGAACAUCUCUGACAUGAAGUACUGUGAGCUCCCACCUUACCUUGGCAAAUUGGAUAUAACAUUUCAAAAAGGAAGACAAAGUGAGGGAGAAGACAAACGCAUUCCAUUACUGAAGGAAGUUUUCGAGGCCUUUCCUCACACUCCAGUGAACAUUGAUAUCAAAGUCAAUAACAAUCUGCUGAUUAAGAAGGUUUCAGAGUUGGUGACUCAGUACAAACGAGAACACUUGACAGUGUGGGGCAAUGCCAAAUAUGAAAUUGUAGAAAAGUGUCACAAAGAGAAUUCAGAUAUCCCCAUUCUCUUCAGUCUACAACGUGUUCUGCUCAUUCUUGGCCUGUUCUACACUGGCCUCUUGCCCUUUGUGCCCAUCUGUGAGCAGUUUUUUGAAAUUCCAAUGCCUUCUAUAAUAUUGAAACUGAAGGAACCUCACAGCAUAUCAAAAAGUCAAAAAUUUCUCAUUUGGUUGGCUGACAGGUACAUUUAUUUAUUUAUUUAUUUUAAAUAUGGCUUGCUCAGAAAAGCCUUAUUUGACCACCUUACUGCCCGAGGCAUUCAGGUAUAUGUUUGGGUCCUAAAUGAAGAGCAUGAAUACAAAAGAGCUUUUGAUUUGGGAGCAACUGGGGUGAUGACAGACUACCCAACAAAGCUUAAAGAAUUUUUACGUAAUUAUGCAUAAGUCAGCCUAAAAGAGUCAUUCAAAGAAGACGAAGGAAUAUUCUUUUUUUCAGCAUCACAUAAAUAAGCCAUUUCCUGAAUGGUAAAAGAUGUAAUCAAUUGAGUUUCAUUACCUCAUUUUUAAGCCUGGUUCACCAUGUAGAAACUACAAUGUAUAUUUAUUUUAAAGUAUAUUCCAGAUUUUACAUUUGUACAUGAUUUGUUUAGAAAGCUAACAUUGAUUGGGAUAGGCAGGAAGAAGAUGAAUGGCAGAUCAGGAUUUCUGCGUUCUAUCUAUUGCAAGCAAUUUGCAAAUCAAAGACUAACACUAACAGACUAGGUAAAAUCCGGGAUUUUGAAGGAUCUUGACGUUCACUGGCUAAGAUCAGUUCAUCAGUAAAACUAAAUUAUUGAAAAACUGCAGCCAUUCUUAAAUUGGCUCUUUGUUUCUGGACAUAUUGCUAGUCUGCACAAUGAAAAAGAAACAAGUAGAAGAAGCAGUUAAAACAAACAAACAAACCAAUGACGUAGUUAUCUGACAAGACGCACACUGAGAUCAGUAGUGAGUCUCCUAGAAAUAAUUGAAAAUAUCACCACUUGACCAGAAACAAAAUCUGUAGACUGAAUUGAUUUUUCUUUGGCUGUUGUUAUAUACUUUUGUUAAUAAGAAUGUAAGACUAAUAUUUGAAGUCUUUUGGGUGUGUGUGUAUGUGUGUGUAUGUAUGUGUGUAUACAUAUGUGCGUACCAUCAACUCUAUGGCUAACUUUGUUUUCAUUGUAAACAUGGCAAAGUAGACAUUUGUAGGUUAUUAUUGAGACUAGAGCCUCCCAAGAGUUGGAAGAUUACAAUUUGUGACCAGGCCUAAUUGUAUUUUGUGGGCCUGUUUCGGAUGUACAAAACCACUUUGACUCUUCAGCCUCUUCAUUAUGUUAAAGAAGGUGACAUCAUUCUUUCCAUACUUUUGGAUAACCCCACCUGAUCUGUAUCCACCGUGUUGCUAACCAAGUAGUCCCUUUUGAGUGUUAGCUGGAAAUAAGAUUUUCCAAUGUUCUAAGACUCUCUCAACCUUUCUUCUAUAACUCCAUGUAAAUCUAUUUCUAAUCUUUUUGGGUAUUUGUCAUCAGUGGAGCCUCUGACCUCUGGUCAGCAGUAGACCAUGCUCUAUGGUAGGGCAGAUGAGAUCUCAGACACUUGUUUGUAAAUCAUUUUCUCAUGAGGGUAAAAAUAUCAUUUUUUAAAAACAGAAAUAAAGUUUUCCAAGGACAUGCUGAA